AUGCGCCUUUUCUUGAUCCGCCAUGGCGAGUCGGUUGACAACGUAGCUGGUGUACUAAGAGAUUCGGCCCUCACCAACCAUGGAGCCGACCAAGCUCGCCGCCUGAGCGACUAUCUCGCAGACAACAGACCGCCUUUGACGCGUAUUNNUUUCUCGUCGACUCUGCAGCGCGCCUACAGGACGGCUAGCAUCGUGGCAGCAAAACAGUCGACCAAAGACUUGACUGUCAGCACAGUUCCCUACUUGAUUGAGCGCGACUUUGGCUACUACGAGGGCAAGAACAACCGUGUGCGAAAGGGCCCCCAUCGCGUAGAGCACAAGAAAGAGGCUGGCUAUGUCGAGGAAGAGUCCAAGGACAAUUUGGCCGUCCGCGCAGACUUGUUUCUGGACCACCAUCUUCUGCCUAUGCUGCAUGACGAAGCCGACUUUGGCGGUGCUGCUGAGCAUGUCGUUGCUAUUGUGUCGCAUGGCAUAUUACUGUCAAGUCUCUGGCGAAGAUUACUGCUCCGUCUGGGCCCGAGGAGCGUGAAAGUCUCGCGCGACGUCAUAGCAUCUCGAGGUCAAGUCGUCCUUGCUCACCUGGGUGGGUGGAGCAACACUGGUUUCCUCGAACUCUCCAUUCAAGACUUGGAUCCUCAGGCCACCCCAGAGUUGGACAUCGUCUUACCUGCUGUGGUUCCGUCUUCAAAAGCGACAGCCGUUACUGCUGACUCGUCCUCGUGGAAUGCUCUUGACACGGCUUCACCGCCCCACCUGGUGACUGAUUCAUCCGAACCAGAGAUGCUAACAGACCAGUUCGACGUUGUUGGCGAUGUAAGUGUCCCCAAAGAUGCCAUCGACCCUGAGUCGAGUGAGAGAGACAGCCCCAGACUACUCGAAGGCUACCGUACCACCAUUCUUGUCGUAGACGGCCAGCAGCAUCUCCAGGGCCUGAAGCGACAACGAGGUGGUAUUGGUCGGGCCGAGCACGAUGACAAACAGCAAAGCAUGACGGCCUUCUUCAAAAGAGCCAGAAAGGACUGA